AGCAAGGAAAAAAAAAAAGGAAAAAAUAUUAAAGACAUUUCAAAAUGGUGUGCUUGUUAUUACCUUCACUGACAUGAGCAUAUAUAUUACAGGGCUUAAAAAGUCAUUGCCAGCCGUUCAUUCCGACGUUCCUCUUUCUCUCAAUCUACUGUGAAGGCCCGUACAUCGGUAUUUUCAUGUAUGAUGCUAGUCUGAAUCUCUUUUCUUCUUUCUUCUUCAUGACUCUCACCAAGAAGAAGAGCUCAUCAUCUCACUGAAGCAAAAGUACCGGCACAACUCUUCUUUACAGUAAUCAGUAAGCCAUUAUUACGGUUUUACUUGUUGUUGACACUCGAACUCUAUUCGCCUCAUUAUCUCUUCCUCCUCUGAUCUUCACUUCCUCCUUCUUGCCGGUUUUCUUUCAACUCAAGUUUACUCAUAAAAGACAGGAAGCCUGCCCUGAAAAGCUGUAUUCGUUGAUAAAGGAUAGCAUACAAUUUCCGUUAAGCACGAAUGGGCCAUAUUCUCCCUGAAUUCUUCGAUCCUGAGUUUAGUUCGACUGCGAGCUCCCCUGAAAACCUCUUUAGCAUCCUUGAAGCCCUAGAUAAUGCACCGGAAACCUCUUUGGAGUUGCCUUUAAGGAAUUUUGCUCUACCGGCUUUGAAAGAAGCAGUAUCCUCAUUGGAGAAGAAAGCAGUUUUCCGUUCUGAUGUGUCAGAGUCUGAGACUGACACGGAGAAGGCACCGUGCCGUAAAAAGCUGAAGAUGUCGGCAGCUAAAGGAACGGAAAUGGAGGAAACGGCAGGAGAAGGGGGGCAAAGGAUUUCACAUAUAACUGUGGAGAGGAAUAGGAGGAAACAGAUGAACGAGCACUUAACAGUGUUGCGAUCUCUUAUGCCUUGUUUCUAUGUCAAAAGAGGAGAUCAGGCAUCGGUGAUAGGAGGAGUAGUGGACUACAUCAAUGAACUCCAACAAGUUCUUCAAAGUCUAGAGGCCAGAAAACAGAGAAAAGUUUACAGUGAAGUCCUGAGCCCAAUGCCAGCCUCAAGUCCUAGACCAGCCCUUAGUCCUCGCAUACCCAUUAGCCCAAGAACUCCUCAACCUUCAAGUCCAUACAGGACUAGGGUUAUUACACCACCCUAUCUCUCUCCUUCGUCCUCCCAUGAAAUGCCUCCUACAUUGGAAAAUGUAUCAGAGCUUGCUGCUAACUCGAAAUCGCCGGUUGCCGAUGUUGAGGUGAAAUUCUCGGGGGCAAAUGUCCUCCUAAAGACGGUAUCACACAGGAUUCCUGGCCAAGUUCUAAAGAUUAUCACCGCCUUGGAAGAUCUCUCCCUGGAAAUACUGCACCUAAGUAUCAACACGAUAGAGGAGACCAUGCUCAACUCUUUUACAAUUAAGGUGAGUUUUUGUUUCUUAUCAAAAUUCUACUGGGGACUCCUGUUUGGGAUAUGUGGUAGACAUCCUGAUCUUCCGGUUGGAGUUCAAGUGUUCGACAACCCAUGAAGUUUGUCCCUAGAAAGCCAACAAGUUAACUUACCCCUUCUCUUUUCUUCUCUUUUUUCAUCAGUCUCUUUUCUUCUCUUUUUUCAUAAAUCUAUAAUAUUUGAUUAAAAACAGCAUUAGAAUUGACUCCAUUGCCCUUUUCUGUUCUAUAAGUUGUUUUUGAGUUAAAGGACCUUUUAAUUAGAAUACGUUUUUAUCUAUAUUCCUAACUCAUAUGUAUAAAGUCCCAGAUCCUUGUUCAAUAAGAAGGGAACUGAUCUUCCAUAUGCAGA